UGACUUGAUGACUGCAGUAAAAGAGACCAAGAUUAGACAUAAAGAACUUUUGAGAAUGGGACAAUGAUAAAAGUUGGUUCUGCCUCUUCAGGAGUCUCAGAACAGAUGAGACUGACAUUAGACACUGGUCCUCUGGUGUAUCUCCUUCUACACCACGAUGCUUCCAAGACAGCAAUUCCCUCAAAUCGAACAAUCACUUCCUACCUUCCCCCACUCCUUAGCUCCCUUCCAUCUAUUUCUCAAUGUUCCACCUCCAGUGGAGUCUUCCCCCUGGGUCUGACUGCUCAGAAUAUGGAGAGCCAGCACACAUCUUUAGAGUUCUGCCCUACUACCUGUCCAGGGCAAAAGUGUGUGGUUUGGGGUGGGGGUGUGCACUGUGAGUAUGUGUCAGGAGAAGACACUGGGAGUCUGACUCGAGAAAGAUUCUUUACUCUGAAUGGCUGGUCUGAGGAGAGAGAAUGAGGCAGGCUACCAGAUGCCCUGAGAGUGUUUUGAGGUGUACACUCAGCCUGGCUCAGGGGAGCCUUAACAUGGUGACUGCAUCUGUCACAAUCCCCAAGAAAUCCAAGGUAGGACAAGAGAUGCAGGUAGACAGAAAGCUGGAUCACACCAUGAGAAAAUGGCUUAGCUGGCUCUGGAGCCUUGGGGAUUUAGGUGAGCUCUAUGUCGAGAGGGGAGGAACGUGGUAUUGAAACCAGGGUGCCAGACCUCCCACUUCCCAGCCUGCUCCUUACCCCCAGAGACUCCAUCUAGGAUUCUGAUCCUCCAAGCAAAGCAACAUUAGAUCGUUUCAUCUGCACUUUUAUGAGAAAGAAAAUAAUGCACGUGGGGAGAGUGCGCUCAGCUCCCCUUCCCAUCAUAUCUCCUUUCCUCCCUUCUUCCAGCUCCUGGGAUUCCCAGGGAUACCCUGAGCUUCAACAGUUGCGACUCCGAUUCCACUACCGUUGCACAGACCUGCCCAUAGGUCAGGAUCUGGCUGUGCUGGAUGCCCUGGAGGAGGAAGGAGGCCUCCAGCCCUUCUUCUGCUAACCCUGCUUCAGAGACCCUCCAGAGCCCCAGCUCCAGAGGCAACAUGGCGGAUAAGCUGAAGGACCCCAGUGCCCUGGGCUUCCUGGAGGCAGCUGUGAAGAUCAGCCACACUUCCCCAGACAUCCCAGCCGAGGUGCAGAUGUCGGUCAAAGAGCACAUCAUGCGACACACAAAGCUGCAGCGACAGACCACAGAGCCAGCAUCGUCUACCAGGCACACAUCCUUCAAGCGCCACCUGCCACGACAGAUGCAUGUCUCCAGCGUGGACUAUGGCAAUGAGCUGCCACCAGCCGCCGCCGAGCAGCCCACCAGUAUUGGCCGUAUCAAGCCUGAGCUCUACAAGCAGAAGUCAGUAGAUGGGGAUGAUGCCAAGUCGGAGGCCGCCAAGAGCUGUGGGAAGAUCAACUUCAGCCUCCGCUACGACUAUGAGAGCGAGACGCUGAUCGUGCGCAUCCUGAAGGCCUUUGACCUCCCUGCCAAGGACUUUUGCGGAAGUUCUGACCCUUAUGUUAAGAUCUACCUCCUGCCUGACCGCAAGUGCAAGCUGCAGACCCGGGUGCACCGCAAGACCCUGAACCCCACCUUUGAUGAGAACUUCCACUUCCCUGUGCCCUACGAGGAGCUGGCUGACCGCAAGCUGCAUCUCAGUGUCUUUGACUUUGACCGCUUCUCCCGCCAUGACAUGAUUGGGGAGGUCAUCCUGGACAAUCUCUUUGAGGCCUCUGACUUGUCCCGGGAGACUUCCAUCUGGAAGGACAUCCAGUACGCUACUAGUGAAAGUGUGGACUUGGGAGAGAUCAUGUUCUCCCUCUGCUACCUGCCCACAGCAGGCAGGCUCACCCUCACAGUGAUCAAGUGUCGCAAUCUCAAAGCAAUGGACAUCACAGGCUACUCAGAUCCCUACGUCAAAGUAUCCCUGCUGUGUGAUGGACGGAGACUGAAAAAGAAGAAAACGACCAUAAAAAAGAACACCCUCAACCCUGUCUACAACGAGGCCAUCAUCUUUGACAUCCCCCCAGAAAACAUGGAUCAAGUGAGCCUGCUCAUCUCCGUUAUGGACUAUGAUAGAGUUGGCCACAACGAGAUCAUAGGAGUCUGUAGAGUGGGGAUCAAUGCUGAAGGCCUUGGCAGGGACCACUGGAAUGAGAUGUUGGCGUACCCACGAAAGCCCAUUGCGCACUGGCACUCCUUGGUGGAGGUAAAGAAAUCUUUCAAAGAGUGGCAGGGCCGAGCUGCCAGCUUCGACAGUGAGAGCUCAUGCCCGUCUCCGAAACCACCUCCGACGCCAUGAGCUGCACAGCCGAGCCGAUGGGACUCAGCAAUGUCAUUUCCACACUCGUUCCAGUCUCUAAACACAGUGUUCGUGCAGUCACAGCGAUGGCCGCAGCAGCAGCCACUGCCUGCCAGCCCGUGGUCUUAGCUGCUCUUGUGCAGGGCAAGGCCCAGACACUUGUCCUGUGUGAUCAGAUCUGUCUUAGUCUUUUCUGUCUCCCCAGGUGACGCUUUUUGUGGUUUUUCGCUUUGUUUGGGUCUGCUGUCAAGAAAGAAAUAAAAAUACGAUGAUUAGAGAUACAAAAACGAAGAAUGGAGAGCCCAGAAGCUGGUUCUGGGAAAUGCAAUGUAAGAUAGCAGUCUUUGGGGGGAAAGCAGACUGAAUCUCUAAAAUUUUGUGCCUCCAUCAAACGUUGACCCCUGGAGAUGCACCAGAAAGAUGGAGCCGUGGCUGUAUUUUCAGUGCCCUCCAAGAAUGGAACCUAUCAACUUAGGAGCCUCUCCAAGGCGAAUUAUUCUUCAUGGAAGCUCUUCACUGCUGUGACACAAGACAAGACGUGGUCUUCUUGUCCUGUGUUGAAAUCAUGAGGCCUCUGACAUAUUUGUGACUCCGAAGGAGGACCCCUGUUCCCCUCUUUGUUGGCUUUCCCCAACUGGAAACAUUUUGAUUCCACGUGGGAACUUAGUCACUUUCCUGCUGAAAGUAACCACGCCAUAUGUUUCCUGACACUCCACAGUUAAUGAUCACAUUUGUUUGAAAACGGGAUCUUUUUUCUCAGAAAUCACCUUCAUUGUAAAGAAAGGAGGCACAUAUGUAACAGAAAGAUUCCUGUGUUAUAUAUAGCUUUAUAAUUUCACGAUGUAGCAAGCGGCUGUUUAAAAUGCCUAAACAGAGCAAAGAAAAAUCUAGGUGACCCGUUCUUUUCUGAAUUGGUCAUUUUGAAAUCCAAACCACAGUUUUGAGUCUGCCUGUCUAUGAAGAGCCUUCUCUUAAUCGAAACCCAGUUAGUCAGAGACUAGCUCAGCCCCACGGACUCUGGGACAAUAACUCACCUUAAACUUUAGUUCUAUAAAUUAAUAAGUAUUCUGUGUUGUUUGUUUCAGUCGUAGUGAGAAGAUCUUUGCUUGUUUGUUUGUUUUUCCAUUAGAUCUCUACCUUAGGCCAAAUUCAGUUUAGAAAACAAAAAUGAAUGACUGUAUUUAUAAUAGCACAUCUCGACAGAGUGACCAGUGGCCUUCCCACCACGCCCUGUAAGCACAUGAAAGUAAGUUUCCACUCCAACUCGUGGCUACUGUAGGACUUGUAUGAAGCAAGUCAGCCUGGAAAAAUUCCUUCUUUCAACAACAGAAGGUCAAGAACACAAAAGCUAUCGGCAUACCUCGUGUCUUACUCUUUACAGAUGCCCCAUGCUAUAGGAGUAGCUACUUAAUAAAGUCACCGCCAUUUUAAGUCAAGCCACCAAGUUUCUCUGCUGCCCUAACUUACAUAAGUGUCUGCUAGUCAGAAGAAUGAUUGGAUUGGACACGAGCCAACAGGAUAUUGUGGCAAGAGAAGCAGUCCACUUUUCUAGUAAAUGAAGAUUAAUUUAGUUUUCACUGAGUAUGAGCCUCAGGCUAGUGGCUGGUGCGUAAAGAUGAUUCUUCUCCUCAAAUAUCUUACAAUUGAUAAGUCUUUCUAACCAGGCAGUGCCAUGUUUGGAAGUUCACUUGAGAGAGAGAAAAAUCACAAGGUCAUGACAAGAGUCAGCAAGCAAACAACUUCAUUGUGUUUCCUGACUCUAGAUGGGCCCCACUAAGGUGGCUGUCACAGCACUCAGCAGUGUAACUAGGGAGGGACCAAUUGAGUUUGCUGGGUCAUAAGGAGCCCAGACAUUAGUGAGUAUGUCACCCUCCCAGAAGUGGGCUCCAAAUGCAUGCCCAGCUGCCACCCUGAAACCCUUAGACAGGUGGGAUGCUCCAUUCCAAGAUUUUUAGAGAGAAGGGUGUAGUCUGCCUGAAUUAUGGGAUAGCAGCUGCCUGUCUGAGACAGCUUCUAUAUCCCAGCUACUCUUUUCCAUAAGUGAACAUUUUCUGGAAAUGUUUCUAGAAACAGCUGCUGGUUAUGGCCACACCCUUCUCACCACCCAAGUCAACCGCUUUAGCGCCACCAGCCUCGGUGGACAUUAGGCAUGGAAGCCCACUCCAGAAAGGCUUCUAGCUCCUGGGUUCCCUCCCCCAAGUCCCCACCAAAGGUGGCCAGACCAGUCCUCUUCACUCUGAAGCAUGAAUGGUAUGAACAGGCUUCACCAUUUAUUAGCCACGACUCUUCCCUCACAGGUGAGACUAAAUGACAAUAAAUGCAGAAUAAACUGAAAUUCAAAAUUGGCUCUUUUGUUGGCUUCCCCUGGUACAGGAAACCCCUUGUGGGUGGCAAGCUUUGCUGAAGUUAUGAUAGCCAGGGCCAUUUGCACAUAGAGAUUUGCUAAAGCCACCAAGUUCUCCUCUCCUUUAUUUAGAAGUGUUUCUUGGCCGAGAGAGGCUUCCCCUCCCCCCUUGCACUUACCCAGGAUGUUAAUUAAUUGUAUCAUCAUUUAAAAAAAAAUUAUGUUGUUAAUUACUGCUUUGUGUCUUCCCACCCCUGUCACAGCCUGGAGUUUUUAUUCAAUUAAAUCUCUGUCUC